UUCAGUGUAACUAGAUGCGUUAGUUGAAACCUGUUUUUCUGCUGCUGCUGCUACUGCUGCUCUGGAUGUUGCAGUGUGUGAACGUGGGAAAAAAGCAGCAACAGACAUCCAGUCGCUUUUACACCUAGAUAACCCAGGCUUUACACAGCAUACAUCAGGAUUACCAUUGGAAGAUGCGUUAUAAUUAGCCUGGAGAAAUCAUCAGCAUCGUCUGUUGUGAUCUGACACACGCACUGGUUGGAUUUGGGGUUUUAUUACUGGAGGGACAAACUGAACAUCGUCGAAACGGAUAAAUAAACGAGAUGUCGUCGGAAAAACACGGAUUGGAGGAGGCAGCGGGAAGGCAGUCCAUGUCUCAGCCGAUGAUGCAGAUGGCUCCACCUCCUUACCUCCCCGCCCAGGACCCCAACAUGCCCCCACAUCCUCCUCCACCUGGCUGUGCCCCACAGCCCAAUUACCCCCCUCCCCCUCCCCCUCCUGGAUCAGAGGGGUACCUGCAAGAAACCCAGUUCCACUGCGGCACCCUCGGGCCCCAGGGAGCUCCGAACGGAUACCCGGUGCAGACGCACGGACCAGUGGGUACCGUCCCUCAUCCCCCAGUGGGCUAUUUACAUACAGGAUACCCCCUCCAGCUGCAGCCCUGCACGGCCUACGUGCCCGUCUAUCCCAUAGGCACAGGGGCGCAGCCUUACAUGCCCAACGGUGCACCUCAUCCAGGUGUUGCACCCGGCCAGAUGGCCAUGCAUAUGCCAAAUGGCAUUGCUCUGAUGGAGUCUCGUCGUCCUCCUCACGACUACCUGCCCAUCGCCGUCCUCACCACCGUCUGCUGCUUCUGGCCCACAGGAAUAAUCGCCAUCAUCAAAGCCGUGCAGGUGCGUACGGCUGUGGCUCGAGGCGAUAUGGUUACAGCAGAGAUCGCCUCGCGCGAGGCACGUAACUUCUCCUUCAUCAGUCUGGCGGUGGGAAUCGCCUCCAUCGUGCUCUGCACCAUACUCACCGUUGUGGUCAUCAUCGCCUCUCAGCACCACGAUGACGACUGGGAGCCCUAGAGAGCCCAGCGCGGGACGCACCUCCCAUCCUGACCCCAGGCCAUCAUUCCAGUCGGUAUUCUGCUUUUUCUGUCACACAGCACACUUCUGACGCUCAAGCCACCACAUCCUAAUCUGCAGUCCAAAAUACGCUUUUACAGCCAUUUGCCCAUGUAUUAGUUUGACGGUAUGAUAAAUCCGAACGUGGGGAACACAGCGCAUCUACCAUGUUGUAAGCGGUGUACGCUCACUCUCUCAUUAACCUACCUGAACACUUCCUGUUUCUCCUAAACAAAAGCCUGUGCCAGAUCAGUAGUUAGAAAUAUAGCGUACUAAAGACUUGAGUCAGGUCAGGUGUGUUAUCAUUUGCUCUUGAAAUUUGCCAAAAAUUUUACUUUUUAAAAGAAACAAACACGUAUUACAAGAACAUAAUUUUGGUAUAUUUGUGUUUUUUGAUGUUCAAAACAUUCCAUCUAUUAUUUGUGCCAUUUAUCUGUUUAUAAAGAUAUAUAUAUAUAUUUCUUUGCAGGAUGAACUGACAAAUUUAGUUACUGAAAGUGUGGCUAAAUUGUUUUCUAUAUGCUAAGUAUUGAAAAGUGUAAAAUAAUGUAUUGAAUAAGUCGAAAGACUAAAAGGUUAUUGAAAUAAGUUUCAUUAUAGUAGAACUGGAAUUUCACCUAAAGGAAUUUCUGUUGUGUGGUUCAGAAGAGUGUAUAUCAGUAUUGAAUACUCAGUGGUUUCUUUUCUGAAACCCAAAGCCAGAAGUCUACUCUACGCAGUACACAAACACAGAUGCAAAUGCUUGGCCAAUGCGUUGCUUGCAUGCAGUUCUGUUGUACAUAUUUAAAGCUAGUGAUGCUCAUAAUUAAAGUUUUCAUUUAGCUGAAAACCCAAACCAAAAAUCAAGUCUGGGUAAUUAAAUUUGGGUAUCUCUUCAGC